CAUGGCUGUGCGUUUCUGAGGAGCUGGGCAAAAGUGUGCAUUCAGAGCAUUAUUUUUCCCUCUCCCAGCCCGGCUCUAGGGAGAUGGUAGAGUCCACUUCCGGUGUGACGACGGAAGUCUCGCGAUGGCGGGAGCGGGAGCGGGAGGGUCCAGCACAGAGCCACCCCCGAGGCACCCCUGGGGGCUGCUGGGUGCAGCCGUGCUGGGGGCGGCGCUGGCGGGGCUGCACGCCGUGGCCGUGCCCUUCCUGGCGCCCGCCCUGCGCCGGGUCUGCCUGCCCUUCGUGCCUGCCACGCCGCGCCAGCUGGACAACGUGCUGCGCCUGCUGCCCAAGCGCCCCGGGCCCCUGGUGGACAUCGGCAGCGGCGACGGGCGAGUCGUGAUCGCUGCCGCCAAGGCGGGCUUCCCGGCGGUGGGGUACGAGCUGAACCCCUGGCUGGUGUGGUUCUCCCGCUACCGCGCCUGGCGGGCCGGGGUGCGGGGCUGCGCCACCUUCUACAUCUGCGACCUCUGGAAGGUGACCUUCUCGCAGUUUUCCAACGUGGUAAUUUUCGGCGUCCCCCAGAUGAUGCCGCAGCUGGAGAAGAAGCUGGAGCGGGAGCUGGGGGCGGGCGCCAGGGUCAUCGCCUGCCGCUUCCCCUUCCCCGGCUGGACCCCGGCCCAGGUGGCCGGCCAGGGUGACGACACCGCCUGGGCCUAUGACGCGGGCGCCUUCCACAGCGUGCCCAGCAGGUCCUGAGCACCCCUGGGUGGCGGUGGCCACUCUGGGUGCUGCGUCCAGGGGGCUCAGAGGCCCGGGUAGCAUGGAGGUUCCCACUUCCCUGUGGUCGGGAACUGGACCUGCACCGGCUGCCUGGCCUGUGGGGUGGAGCCACAGGUGUGUUCGGGGGCUCCUGGUGUGUCCUUAAAAUGGGCUCUGGGCUUCCUUCACUUGACUGUGACCCUGGGGGAGGAGGAAGGGGAGGCCUGACCUGCGUGACCUUGGGUGCAGGGGCUGGGAUGUCAGCAUUAGAGGGUGUGACUGGGCCCUUCAGAUGACAAGAAGCCUUCUUACAUACCAUCUUCAGCAGUUUCAAUAAAAAGAUUUGUUUUAAAACCUCAA